AUGGAAGCCAUUGAUUCAAGCCGCAAAGAAGCAGAAAUGGAGCUCUACACUAUCCCUGCUCGAUCCAGUUGGUUCUUAUGGGAUGAUAUUCACGAGAUCGAAAGACGUGAAUUUGAGGAGUUCUUCAGUGAGAGCUCAAUCACUAGAACCCCUAAAGUAUACAAGGAGUACAGAGAUUUCAUUAUCAACAAGUACAGGGAAGACACUACUAGGAGGCUUACGUUCACCAGUAUCCGCAAGUAUCUAGUUGGUGAUGUCAAUUUGCUUCAAAAAGUGUUUAUCUUCCUCGAAAAAUGGGGAUUGAUCAAUUUCAGCUCUUCCCUCAAGAAAACUGAUGAUGUGUUGUUGGUGGAGAGUGAAGGGAAGCAUAAUGUGAAGAUCGAACAAGGGAAUCCCGCUGGGAUUCGAGUUACUGCAACCCCGAAUUCUUUGAGGCCUAUCGCUGCACCGCCCCUUGUUGAGGAAGGAGCUGAGACCGGCAUCAAAUUAGCGCCGCUGACUUCUUAUUCAGAUGUUUUCAGUGAUUUUAAGAAACCUGGUGCUGCAUUGGUUUGUGGGCAUUGUGGAGAACGUUGUUCUGAUUCUGCUUUCUAUGAACACAAGAAGAGUAUUGUCAAGAUAUGCGAAAAGUGUUUCAAGAAUGGAAGCUAUGGGGAGAACAACUCCGCAGAUGAUUUCAAGUUGAUUGGGAAUUCUGCUGCAGCUGUGUGGACCGAGGAAGAGAUCCUCCUCUUGCUUGAAUCUGUGCUGAAACAUGGGGAUGAUUGGGAACUCAUUGCACAAAGUGUUUCUACAAAGAGCAGAUUUGAUUGCAUUUCAAAGCUCAUUGAGCUCCCGUUUGGAGAGUUUCUGAUGGGUUCUGCUUCUGGAAGACUCACUUCCGCUAUCCCCACCGAGGAUGGAAACGGAGGACACCAUUCUCCAUCCCAUCCUGCAGAACAGAUGAAAACUGACGGUCAAGUACCCGAGGAAACAGAUACGGAAGAUCGCGUGAAGGAAGAUGAGCCUCCAGCAAAAAGGAAAUGUGUUGAGCUACUAUCAGACGGUGAUAGUUCACUUAUGAAACAGGUUGCUGCCAUGGCAAGUAAAGUUGGUCCAUCUGUCGCAACCGCUGCUGCAAAAGCUGCAAUCGCAGCUCUUUGUGAUGAAGCCUCAUGUCCAAAAGAGAUUUUUGAAAACGGUGAUUACACAAAUUCCGCAGUUGACAGAGAUGAUGGAGACAAAGAUACAGAUAUGGAGGAACAGCAAGAAGACAAAGAUGAGCAUCAGGAUCUACCCGUAGCUUUAAGAAUAAGAGCGUCUGUGGGAACAGCUCUAGGAGCAGCGGCUGCUUACGCGAAAAUACUGGCUGAUCAAGAAGAAAAAGAGAUGGAACUUUUAGCUGCGACUGUAAUAGACCAACAGCUGAAGAAACUGAAGAGCAAGUUGAAGUUUAUGGACCAAUUGGAAUCGAUAAUGGAUGCAGAAGAGAAAGUGAUUGAUGGUGUAAAAGAAAGAAUUCUCCAAGAGAGGAUUAGCGUUUUGCAAUGUGCGUUUCGUGACGGUAUUACCAAACGCUGGGAUCAUACAUCUUGUUCGGUCGGAGAACAUUCAUCAGCUCCGAUUAUACACAUGAAGUCGGAAUUCGAAUACCACGAGGAAUACAUAAGAAACUCAAGAGGUGUCGAGCUAUUCGCUUGUAGAUGGAUUCCAUCAUCGUCUUCUCCCAAAGCUCUGGUUUUCCUCUGCCAUGGUUACGCAAUGGAGUGUAGCGACUCCAUGAAAGAUUGCGGAAUUAGGCUAGCUUCAGCCGGAUACGCGGUUUUUGGUAUGGACUAUGAAGGUCAUGGUCGGUCCAUGGGAUCUCGUUGUUACAUCAAGAAGUUUGGCAACAUUGUAAAUGAUUGCUACGACUACUACACCUCUAUUUGUGCGAAAGAGGAGUACAUGGAGAAAGGUAGAUUCUUGUAUGGAGAAUCAAUGGGAGGUGCAGUCACUUUAUUGCUUCACAAGAAAGAUCCUUCCUUUUGGAACGGUGCCAUUCUUGUCGCUCCAAUGUGCAAGAUAUCUGAGAAAGUGAAGCCACAUCCAGUGGUGAUCAAUCUGCUAACCAGAGUCGAAGAAAUCAUACCGAAAUGGAAAAUAGUUCCAACAAAAGAUGUGAUCGAUGCUGCUUUCAAGGACCUUGUCAAGCGAGAAGAGGUAAGAAACAACAAGCUGAUAUAUCAAGACAAGCCUAGGCUCAAAACCGCACUUGAAAUGCUCAGGACAAGCAUGAACCUCGAAGACAGUCUCGACGAGAUAACAAUGCCGUUCUUUGUGUUACACGGAGAAGCAGAUACAGUGACGGAUCCAGAGAUAAGCAAAGCUUUGUACGAGAAAGCUAGCACAAGGGACAAGACUCUCAAGCUGUACCCUGGGAUGUGGCAUGCUCUGACGUCAGGUGAACCUGACUAUAACGUUGACAUUGUCUUCGCUGACAUCAUCGCUUGGCUUGACCUCCGAACCGCUGACUCAGCUUCUAUCACUGUCACUCCUGUCCGAGUUACUACCACUCCUAGUGUCCAGAGGGUUAUGGUUAACGGCGUUGCUAACGGUCAACGCAGACCUAAGCGUCAGUUCUUCAAUCUCCUUUGUGGUUUGAACGGUGGCCGUUUGGUUCCACGAUCUGCUAUGUAA